CUUUUUUUUACUUUCUUUAUAUAAUAUGGUCAGUUUCCAGUGUGACGGUUGUGGCGAUAUUGUUAAGAAGCCCAAAUUGAACCAACAUGGUGGUCGUUGCCAUGCUACUUUUACUUGUAUUGAUUGUUCAGUGACCUUUCAAGGCAAUUCCUAUCAAUCGCAUACUUCUUGUAUGACUGAAGCUCAAAAGUUUCAAAAGCAUGUUUAUCAAAACAAGAAUGCUCCAGUGAAAGGAAACAAUAAUAACAAGAACAGUAAGCCCGUUUCACUCAUUGAUCAAUUAAAUGAAAAGAAAAAGAACGAAGAAAACAACCCAGUCAACGAAAAAAAGAGAAAGAAUGAAGAAAAGGAACCCAAGAAGCAAAAGAAAUCAAAAUUGACAGCUUGGAGUCCAACUGAAUUAGACGAGAAUGUGUCAACGAGUCUUAAAUUAGCAUUGAAGGAAGUCUUGAAAGAAGGCAAAUCAACCUCAUUAAAAGACGCUCGUAAAAAGACCAUUGAACUUAUCAAGCAACACCCUCAAUCAGAAAAGAUCAAAUCAGAUUUAAAGAAAGAUUUCGACAAGACAUUCAAUUUGACUUUGAAGGACAAUAGCAUCACAUUUGCAUAAAUGAAAAAAAAUUAGAAUUGUUUGUUAUUAAAAAAAUCACCAUGGGAUGAUUUUAGCAGUUGUGUAAUUCACCUAUCUUCAUUUGAACUGCAUUUAUAUAAAAAGAAAGAAAAGUUUGUUUAUUUCUUUUUUCAACA